CCUUGCCCACUCAACACAGGACUGGAGAAUUGGGUCUGGGAAGAGGACAUGGCCUUUGUCCCCACGGCUGUGCCCUGGAAUCCUGAGCACCAGAUACAAAGGCUACAGGUGACCCGGAAGGUGCUGGAAACAGAGGAGCAGGCUGCCUUCCCCCUGGGAGGUGCCAUCCCCCGUUACCUCUACCUGGCCAGCAACCACAGAAACAAAUGGGGUCACCCACGGGGUUACCGAAUCCAGAUGCUCAGCUUUGCUGGGGAGCCAGUGCCCCAAGACAGCUCCAUGGAGAGAGCCUUCAGCUGGGGGAGGUACCAGCUGGCUGUGACCCAGUGGAAGGAGGAGGAACCCAGUAGCACCAGCAUCUACAAUUUGAAUGACCCUUGGACACCAACUGUGGACUUUACCAACUUCAUCAACAAUGAAAGUAUUGCAGGACAGGACUUGGUGGCCUGGGUGACAGCUGGUUUUCUGCACAUCCCACACUCAGAGGAUAUUCCCAACACAGUAACUGCUGGGAAUGGGGUGGGCUUCUUCCUCCGACCCUACAACUUCUUUGAUGAGGACCCCUCCUUCUAUUCUGCUGAUUCUGUCUACUUCCGGGAGGACCAGGAUGCUAGAGCCUGUGAGGUCAACCCCCUGGCUUGCCUGCCCCAGACUGCUACCUGUGCCCCCAACAUCCCUGCCUUCUCCCAUGGGGGCUUCUCUCACAACUAG